GCAAAUCCCAUUUUCCCCCAAAAGCCUUCUUUGUUGAGCUUUAGGAUGAGGGUGGUCUUGGUAAAAAAAAAAAAAUCACAAAAAGAAGGGACUAUAGGAGAAGGGGGGAAAAGAUCCUUUUUGUUUUAAUCUGUGUAUCGGGAAAAGAGAAGCUGCCAAGGAUAUGAGCCGAGGGAUCCCUAAGAGGCAAUUGACAUGGGGUCAGGAUGAAGUAGGGCUGGAAUCUAGAGAGAGGAAAGACCCUGGGAGCAUUGAAGGGCGGCCCGGCCUGGAACCGAGGAGAGGAGAAGCAGUGGGGAGGAGUUAGGGCAGUUUCCUCUCCCUCCCUUCCUCCACCCUAACUAUGGCCUGCCUCCACGAGACUCGAACGCCCUCACCCUCCUUUGGAGGUUUCAUGGCAGCCCUAAGUGAGGCCUCCGUUCGAAAACUGGACCCAGACACUUCGGACUGCACUCCAGAGAAGGACCUGACCCCCACCCAGUGUGUGUUGAGGGAUGUGGUGCCUCUGGGUGGGCAAGGGGGUAGUGGGCACAGUCCUUCCCCAGGUGGGGAAGCACCCACAGAGGCCUUUGCCAACAGUGUCCUGCAACUGCAUGAGCAAGAGGCUGGGGGCCCGGGAGGGGCCACAGGGCCCACAGAAGGCCGGACCCCACGGUUCCGAGCUGAUGAAGUCAGGCUGCAGUGCCAGAGUGGCAGCGGCUUCCUGGAGGGCCUCUUUGGCUGCCUUCGUCCAGUCUGGACCAUGAUUGGCAAAGCUUAUUCCACAGAGCACAAACAACAACAGGAAGAUCUGUGGGAGGUGCCCUUUGAGGAGAUCCUAGACCUGCAGUGGGUGGGCUCUGGGGCCCAAGGUGCUGUAUUCCUGGGACGCUUCCAUGGAGAAGAGGUGGCUGUGAAGAAGGUUCGGGACCUAAAGGAGACUGACAUCAAACACCUUCGGAAACUCAAGCAUCCCAACAUCAUCACUUUCAAGGGCGUCUGCACCCAGGCUCCCUGCUACUGUAUCCUGAUGGAAUUUUGUGCCCAAGGCCAGUUAUAUGAGGUACUGCGGGCAGGACGUCCUGUCACACCAUCCCUGCUAGUUGACUGGUCUAUGGGCAUUGCCGGAGGGAUGAACUACCUGCAUCUGCACAAGAUCAUCCACCGAGACCUCAAAUCCCCAAACAUGCUGAUCACUUAUGACGAUGUGGUCAAGAUCUCAGACUUCGGAACAUCCAAGGAACUCAGCGACAAAAGCACUAAGAUGUCAUUCGCCGGCACAGUGGCUUGGAUGGCCCCAGAGGUGAUCCGGAAUGAGCCUGUGUCUGAGAAGGUGGACAUUUGGUCAUUUGGUGUGGUGCUGUGGGAGCUGCUGACUGGUGAAAUCCCCUACAAAGAUGUGGACUCAUCUGCCAUCAUCUGGGGUGUGGGCAGCAAUAGCCUUCACUUGCCCGUGCCAUCCAGCUGCCCUGAUGGUUUCAAGAUUCUCCUCCGACAGUGCUGGAAUAGCAAACCCAGGAACCGGCCUUCAUUCAGGCAGAUCCUACUGCACCUGGAUAUUGCCUCAGCUGAUGUGCUCUCCACGCCCCAGGAAACCUACUUCAAAUCCCAGGCAGAGUGGAGGGAAGAAGUGAAGCUGCAUUUUGAAAAGAUCAAGUCAGAAGGGACUUGUCUACACCGACUAGAGGAAGAGCUGGUGACUCGAAGGAGGGAGGAACUCAGACAUGCCUUGGACAUCCGGGAACACUAUGAGCGGAAACUGGAACGUGCCAACAACUUGUACAUGGAACUCAAUGCCCUGAUGCUGCAGUUGGAACUCAAAGAGAGGGAGCUGCUGAGGCGGGAGCAGGCCUUGGAACGGAGAUGCCCUGGGCUCCUGAAACCACACCCUCCCCGGGGCCUUCUGCAUGGCAACACUGUGGAGAAACUCAUCAAGAAGAGGAAUGUUCCACAGAAGCUGUCACCCCACAGCAAGAGGCCAGAUAUCCUGAAAACAGAAUCCUUGCUCCCCAAGUUGGAUGCAGCCUUGAGUAGUGUUGGGCUCCCUGGUUGUCCCAAGGGGCCACCCUCUCCAGGACGGAGCCGUCGUGGCAAAACCCGUCACCGAAAGGCCAGCUCCAAGGGCAGCUGUGGUGACCUGCUUGGGUUUCGGGCAUCUGUACCUAAUCCUGAACCUGGGGGGCCAGGAAACCCAGGGAGUUUAGGAGGGGGACCCUCAGCUUGGGAGGUCUGCCCACCUGCCCUCCGGGGCCUCCAUCAUGACCUCCUCCUCAGAAAAAUGUCUUCUUCUUCCCCUGACCUGUUAUCAGCUGCACUGGGAGCCCGAGGCCGAGGGGCAGGAGGGGGAGCUUUGGAACCCAGCUCUCCCCCUCCUGUGCAGGAAGACACUCCUCCCAGUGAGGGAUCAGCUCCUGGCUCUACCAGUCCAGAUUCACCCGGAGGAGCCAAAGGGGAGCCACCUCCAGCAGGGGGCCAGGGUGAAGGGGCAGGGCUGCUGGGUUCUAGCAGGGAGGGAGCUGCUGGAAGAGGAAGCAGGGCUGGUGCCCAGCACCUGACCCCUGCUGCGCUGCUGUACCGAGCUGCUGUCACUAGAAGCCAGAAACGCGGUGUAUCUUCAGAGGAAGAGGAAGGCGAGGUCGACAGUGAAGUGGAAUUGCCCACAAGACAGAGGUGGCCACAAGGCCUGAACAAACGGCAGUCACUAUCCACCUUCAGCUCAGAAAACUUGUCUGACGCGGAAGAAGGUACAGCUAGCGAGCCAUCACCCAGUGGUACACCAGAGGUGGGCAGUACCAACACAGAUGAACGACCUGAUGAGCGGUCAGACGAUAUGUGCUCUCAGGGAUCUGAGAUCCCACUGGACCCACCGGCUCCAGAUGGAGCCCUGGGACAUGAACCUGCUUCCCAGCCCAGUCUACAGGAGGUGCAAAACCAAGUCCUGCUCAGAAGGGAACAGGGCAUCCUCAACUCUGAGGACUCAGACUGCGAUAGCACGGAACUGGAUAACUCAGGCAGUGCUGAUGCCCUGCAGCCCCCUGCCUCCCUCCCUCCGUGAAUGCCACCCUUGCCCGAUGUAUAGAGAAAUAUUUAUAUAAAUU